CCGCAGCUUUUUUUUUUUUUUACCGUCCGCCCGGCUAUAAAAACGCCACAUUUGUCGGUGAAAACUCGUCACAUCGGUGGUUGCAGUGCCGGGAGAGCAUCAUGUGAGUUUUUGCAGGCUCUUUGAGGCAAGGCCAGGAGAGUUGAGACCAGCAAUGUGCCGGCUUGGGAGUUGGAAACAUCGACGCAUCAAAUCGCACAAAUAAUCCACUCCGGUUGUUUUGCAUGCACGAGUCAUAGCGUUGUGUACGGGAAAAACCACCUUGCUAUCGUGAGUUGGAUACUGGUACCUGCGCACUUAUCAUAAACACUAUAUAACUACAUCAUCAUUCAAGAUGGCGACCACAUCGCCUCUGCUGCACGAAGGAUGCGAGGAUUUCUGGUCUUGGAGCCAAGCCGACAAAUCGCACGAGGUGAAACUCCAAGGAGCCCGGAACGAGACCGCCGUCUUCCACCCCAACUGGUCCAACGGCACGGCCGGGGUCCGGGGCACCCGGGUGCUGAACCGGGGCCGGUUCUACUGGGAGCUGCGGCUCUCGCGACGGGUGUUCGGCACCAGCAUGAUGUUCGGCAUCGGGACCAAGCGGACCCGGCUCCACAUCGACGAGUUCAUCAACAUGUUGGGGGAGAACGAACAGAGCUGGGGGUUGUCCCACAAGGGUCUCCUGUGGCACGGCGGCACCUCCACGCCCUUCACCGACCCCUUCCCUGAAAAACAGCCGACGACUGUUGGGUUGCUCUUCGACGGCAUCAAGGGAACUCUGACCUUCUACAAAGACGGGGUGUGCCUCGGGGAAGCCUUCACCGGGCUGAAUCGCUACACCUGCGAGCUCUACCCCUUCGUCUGCUCCACCGCGGCAAAAACAGAAAUGACCCUGGUCAACAUGAGGAGGAGAAUGGUUUCCUUGGAGGACAGGUGCUGCGUGACCAUAGCAACGCAUCUUCGAAGCGAGAGCGAGGCUGGAGGGCUGCUCCUGCCCGCGAUCUUGAGGAACAACAUUGUGCGUGAGUGUUCCCGUCAGUCUCAUGGUAGUGACCCUAUGGCCCCCUUAAAAGCCCCGUGCGGUGUGACAUGAAAUUUCAGCACUGAGAAAGUCUUUCAAGUGAAAUCUCAACAAUCUUUUGUCCUUUGUAAAUAAACUCUUUUCGCUGCCGCUGUCACUUUAUAUACUACCGCAAAAACCGCUAACAGUAACGACUUUGUGAACAAGAGAACUGCUACACAAAACUCAUAUUUGACCCAGGUUCGAAUUACUGUUUUGCAAAUGUUGUUACGCCCAGAACAGCUGAAACUUAUCCCUGCACAUCGUUUCGAACACACAUCAGUCGUCUGUUUCACCGGCAGCCGCCAUAUUGGCCGUCGGUGACGUCAUGUAAGCCGCCGACAUCUGUCACUUCGUGCAUAUUUAAUUUGGGAGCUUCACGCAGAGAAAACAAUAAACUGACAAAAGAAUCGAUACCAGAACACGCGUCCAGAUGUAUGUAGAGAUGAAUGUUUUUUAACAUCAAAACAUUUGGAAAAAACCCAUAACAUUUGGAGGAAAAAAACCCAUAAAACUGGUCUCAUGUAGGAAUUGGGACACGAUAAGAUAACACGCAAACGGCUGUUCCAUGAAUUCUUACUCUGUAUCUGAAAGCCAAAAAAAAAAAUUAUGGCUUCAUUGGUCCCGUUUCAUGAAAUGACAUUUAGCAGACAUAAAUUCAUGCGUCGGUGAAGGUAGAACAUUACAGAACGCAGAUGUGCACUGACGCAGUCAAUGCGCUCAUUUUUUUCUACAUCGACAAACAAACACGGAACAGGAACCUCACUACCAUUGUUCAACAUGGACAUGUUUGGCUGCCUGCGAUUGAUGACAUUUUCCUCAUUUAAAACCCCUUUUAGAAAUUCGUAAACCAGCAUCAGAAAUGUAGACAGUUCGCCGCAUCCUAUCAAAUUUCAGGAAGACUUAUACUGUGUUUUUGAUUAGGAUUUUUCGACAUGGAAAAGUGUGUGCGUACAACAGAGUAAUGUUCUUUUGCUGGUAUUGUCCACGGCGACGACUACAGUGCAUACAAGGCCGGCAAUUAGCACUUCUUUGUUCUCGCAACUAUCAGCAUGGCAACAGACGGCAGGAUUCCCAUGGCAACAGGAGGGCAUCCCGCGACCACGUGACCCACUCACGUCGGCAACGAGUCUUGGAGCGCUCUUUGUUCCUGUGUGCACGGGGCCAGGGAGUUUCAUCUGCGGGUCAGAAAAAAAAAACAUCGCCAGAAGACCGUGUCGUAUGGCCCGGCUGUCGCAUCGCAGAUAGACACGAUUGCUUGAUUGGACCUCGGGAAGCGGUGAACAGGAGGGCAGCGCAACCACCACCACAGAUCCGCCCGGUUGUAGGCCCCACGAGACCGGCACGCGCGACCCUUCGGGACACGGUGCUGCUGUUGACAUCCACGGAGUUUGGGCGGCGCCAUUAUCGUCAUCAUUAUCACCAGAGCUUGACAAAGUGAGAGGAGGCAGUCUAUUGGUUCCUUGGGGGAGGCGCUCAUCUUACGUGCUAUGUGAUUGGUCCAAAGGAUAGUCCUCAGUAACGGAGGUAAGGUAAUGGCCAUUAGUAUACAGGAGGACAAAAGAACAGAGCUAGUUCGGCCAGUGUGUAUAUGCUUCGGCCAUCAGUGUGAAUGUCAACAAACCAUUCGAUGGUAAAAUCUGCAAACAGUCGUUUAUAUUUCAAGAUGGCAAGCAUCUUUUAAGGAUGUCAAAAUCGUAUUAAUUCAAGGUGUAAAUGUGGAAAAGCAAACCCAUUUCCCCCGCAAAUUGUAUUAUGUUUUUCCUAAAUCCAGCGCAAUGACAAUAUUACGCAGCAUUAUGUAAAUAUGAGACCAUUUUUGCAUGAGUACUUCAUUCUGUUCUUCUAAAAGCUCCUCUGAUUUUUCUUCGUCUAAUAUGUAAGAUCUGAUUAUUUUUGACCGUAACUUUGUUGUGAAAGUCAAAAGUGUUCAACAAACAACUCAUAUCAAUGAACGUAGAUUAGAAAACUUAAUUAAUUCGUGAAAGAUUGUCUUUUUUACAAAUGUAAAUUAAUGAAUACACUUGCAUAAAUUUACAUACCAAUUACGUGUUCUCUGACAACUCAUCUUUCUGUUGAGUAGAUUUGUUUUUACAAACCUCACACGACCGAAGGGUACAAGACAGAAGUGUUUAUUGUAAAUAAGUGUUGACGUGUGUGGGCUUUCGGUUCGGGAGAGUUCGUUUAUGGCGAAGGCCAUAGGCCUACUGAGUUUUUCGUUCGUGUUCGUGUCUGUUUUAUGUGUUCGUUUAGAACGAGAACGUUAUGUACAGUGUACAUAAUGUUAUGUCUGGGUAUACGAGGCAGUGAGUUUGUUUAUAACGAACCCUGCACUCAACAUGUGUGAGCAAUCAACUCAUUUCAAGUAGAUGUAGUUCUGUAGUUAUUCAAAUUCCAAAAAAAAAAAAUUCAAAAAAAUGAAAAGGAAGGGGUUGCUUCGCAAAAAAAUAUAGAAUUUAGUCAAAAAAAUAAAAAAAUAAAGCAUAAAACAUGAAGAUUAUGGAACACUUGUUUCAACUUGGGGCGCCCCUCUUGAAUAAAAAAAAAGAAAACAAGUGGCUAGUCAACAUUUAGACAAGUUUCAGAAGGCACAGCAGCGUCAUGCAAUGGUUUUUUUCAUGAAACUACAUGAAGAAUAAUUUUUUUGGAGACUUCAAAACAAAACCUUCUCUUGCCUUGAGCUCAAGAGGGCGCAUCGGUUGUAAACAAGUGUUACGUCAUCAUAGACAAACAGUAUUAUUUCAUCAGAAACUAUAGUGGUUUUGUUUUUAGAGAUUUGAAAACGGAAACUGCCUGUGUAUAGUGUGUCUGCUCGACAAAAGUCAGACUUACUUUAACCCGCUCAAACGCUGCCUAUAACCGAAGUAGAUAUUAUUACUAGCAACUAGUUAAAGUAGUGGUGUUUAUUUGAGGAGUUUGAAUAGUUAAGAGACAGAUAUAGUAGUAGUAAAGACGAUGGUAAUGAUGAUGAGACUUGGAUUAAUCAGUUCAGCAGCUGCCGAGCAACAAUGCAAUUAUCCUGUCAAUACUUGGAUUUAAUAAUUUGAUAUUUUUAAAAUUAUGAAUCUAUCAAAAGUGGUCAUAAGGAUUUGAGUUUUCACUUCAAACCCAUUGUUGAAGGUCGCCAUGGCGCAGGACUAUAAAACUUUCACAAACCUGGAUUUAACAUACUCAUUGGAUGAUAAACAAACAACCAAAAAAAUUUUAAAACAAGAACUAGUCAGAUGCGCUGUAAAUGUAAUUAACUUGACACUGGGCCGGUAAUUACAAAUAUUUCUGAAAACUCGACAGUAUAUAACAAAAAUUCAACUGACCCCAAUAGUUAUGUAAUGUUAUACAAUAUGGCCCUGUCAUGGAAUGUGCAAUGAUUAAUUAUUACCACAUACAUAGUUAAUUACUUUGUCACUGUGUUAUGCUAACAAAUUCAGUACUAGCCCUUGUGUAGUUCAUGUUGCUAACAAUUGUGUUCAAAGCAGCUACUGCGUGAUUGUCACCAUCUACACUGUACUAAACGAAUGGUGCUUUGUAUUUCACUUUAACUGGGAUUAUGGCGCAGUAUUGAGCUAGUUCGGAUGCUUGACUAUCGUAAACUGUGGUAAGAGUGGUUUUCGUCACGUUAUGUUUUUUUGUGACGUGUUAACUAAUUUACUAAACGUUUACACAACAAUUACAGUCGACAAUAGCCGAGUAUUCGAGCUAGCUCUUUGCCGUAGAGUAGAAUUUAACUUAAGAUAUUCAUAACUAAUGUAAAUAGCGAUUAUGAUUACUAGUAAUGAUAGUUAGUAUGAAAUACUAAUCUAUUAUUACCAGUUGUGAGGCCGGGAAGGUGCAAUAUUGAACUAAAAUCUUUGUUAAUCUAUGUGAAUUGUGAUAAUCACAUAUAUUAUUGUGCAAGAAUACAUUCCAUGAUGUUGUAGCGUCAGUGAUAAAAUGUAGUGAUUUUUUUUUUCUGCGGGUGAUUUGUAGUGAUAUGAAGUGUAGUUUCUCGGCUGUGAUUGUAGUGAAUAACUUAGUUAUCAUAACGUAGUUAUCAUAACUUAGUUAUCAUAACUUAGUUAUCAUAUCUUCGUCGUUGUGUAUACACAUUUCACAUAUACCGCUAAGGUGUGCUAUUCUCAUUAGAUAUUUAGAGUUAUAGUGUUACGUUAUUCGUGUUUAUAAUUUUUCAUUGCUCGUUUGUAAUGUGUGAAGUGGUCUAUCCCUGGGGUGCAUGCGAGCAGAUUAUGCUUCGAAGCCCCGGAUGUACUUCAACCUCGUACAAACUUGCUAAGGAAUAAUACCUGUCUGUUUUAACAUGUCUCUCAGUACGUUUUACUUUUGUAUAUAGUAAUUGAUUGAUAUUUCUCCGAGCUAUGGAAUCUUGCUAUUCUUAUGUAGUGCAUCUUAGACUUGCUUCCUGCCGAGUACGCAGGCGCAGUCAUGUGAUCAGCAUAGGUGUAUUCAUAUGCGAGUAGAUUAGAAAAUGAAUUAAGCAAAAUUGUAUUCAAUAUAUUAACAACAACAACAACAACAACAACAACAACAACAACAACAACAACAACAACAACAACAACAACAACAACAACAACAACAACAACAACAACAACAACAACAACAACAACAACAACAACAACAACAACAACAACAACAACAACAACCAUUAAAGUAAUGUUCGAUAUGGUGAACACAUUCAGCUGGAUUAAUUGUCUUGUAUUCUUAAUUCAGUGUAAUUUGCAUAUUCAUCAUUGUUUCGGUUACACAAAAUGUAAAAAAAAAAGUCCUCUGAAUUUGACAUUUUAUGGAAAAUUUAACUUAAUGUUAAUUUAUUUUUGAAUUGAUCUAAAGUAAGAUAUUUGUGAAUGUAUUUGGUUCUUUACAAUUAACCUAUAUGUCCAUAUCACAUUAUCCACUUAUGAUGUACAUAUGUCUUAAUGCUGAAUAAAUUCCGAUUUAAUUUAUUCAUGAAUUACAUUUUAGCAUUUAGAUACAAAUAAGGUUGAUGAAUUUGUCUUUCUUGUAGCUAAUAAUUUUUCUGGAAGAAAGCCCCAAGUAUUUGUAUUCCAAGUAAUUUAUUAGAAAAAAAAUAUUUAUUGUGAUUGAUUUCUGAUAAUGAAUAUGGGAUGUGGUUAUUCUGUUGCCAUGGUAACUGAGUGACACAUUCAAGCAUCUGCCGUCAUAAUUGCCAUUCAGAGUAGUAAAGAGUCUAAGCGUUUCGUUCUUUCCUUAAUUUAUUCACAACGAAUAAAAAUUGAUUUGAGUUUUA